UUUGGUAGACUUAUAUUUUCUUUUUGUUCUUUUUUUAUUUUUUACACAACUGUUGGCUUCUAACUCUGUCCCAUUUUGUUCUAGCUUUCUGCUUUGCUUUCUAACAAAGGACUUAACAUACGUGAGGUACACAUGUUCUCAACUGCUGAUGGUUAUUCUUUGGAUGUAUUUGUGGUGGAUGGAUGGCCUGUUGAGGAUACAAAGGGAUUAUGUGAAGCUAUGGAGAAAGCAAUUGCUAGAAAUGAGGAUGCUAUAUUCCGUGUGGUAGCUGCAAUACUUCAUCUUGGAAACAUUGACUUCGUCCAAGGGAAUGAAACAGAUUCUUCAAAACUGAAAGAUGAGAAAGCACACUACCAUCUUCAAACAACUGCAGAGCUACUCAUGUGUGAUGAGAAAGCACUUGAAGACUCACUUUGCAAGCGUGUGAUAGUAACUCCAGAUGGAAAUAUUACAAAACCACUAGAUCUAGCUUCAGCUGUCACAAGUCGUGAUGCCCUGGCAAAGACAAUAUACUCCAAGCUUUUUGAUUGAUGGCUCCUUGAUUUUAGUGGUGAUUUCUUUGAUGAUGAGGUUGGUGGUGAUUCCGGGUACAGAAAAAGUAGAGCUCACAGCAUGAAUGAACAACGUUGGCAUUUAACAUCUGAGGGUGACGUGGGAAACAACGACAUUGACAGUGACGGUGUUGUGGCAUGUACCUUCUGAAUAAGAACAAAAACUGAGGAGGAUCGGAAUUAGCUUGCAGCAACAAUUCAGGAAUAUGUCCCUCCUGCUUGAAAAUACACAUGGAACUGAUUUUCCAUCACAUUGUACAACCCUUGAGCUUUAACAAAAUUGCAAAUGCAAAAGUUGUGUAGGGUGGUCUUGUUGAAGCUGAUGAAUCCUCCUUUUCUUUCGGAAGGAGGGCGAGCUCCAAAAAUCUACCAAGCGAAGCCAAUAUUCAGAAGUUGACAAUAUUUUCAUAUGUACAAGAGGCUAAUGCACCUGUAUCAUGUAGAGAAGAAAGGAUGUUCUCCUCCAAAGUGGGUAUUUUACAUUCUUUUUUUUUUCUUCUAUUUAUAAUGCAAGGAUUAGCAAAGAACUUGGCUUGAGUAGCUCCUAUUAAAAUGCCUUUAUAUGUUGGUCAUCUCUUCUGAAAUGCCCCCAGGAAUGUCAAAUAAUGCAGCUGGCCUCGAGGUUGCAUAUGCACCAAGCUCAUCUGAGAUGCAUGAAUUAGAUUCGUC